GGGAAGAAGGAUGAGCUGGAGCAGCGGUUGGUGCCGCGGCGGCUGCUCCGUCCUGCAGCAUCGCGGGAGGUGCUGUUCAUCUCAGCGAUUUGUGCAUUUGGAGACUUCGGUUGAAGCCUUGAGCUACUGGAGAGUGUGCAGAGAAGAGCAAGAGAGCUGGUGAGGGGCUGGAGCACAAGUGUGAUGGAGCGGCUGAGGGACCUGGGGGGUUCAGCUGGAGAACAGGAGCUGAGGGGAGACCUUCUGAUCUCUGAACUGCCUGAAAGGAGCUUGGAGCCAGGGGGGGUCGGUCUCUGCUCCCCAGGAACAAGCACCAGGACCAGAGGAAACAGCCUCAAGUUGCGCCAAGGGAGGCUGAGGUUGGAUCUGGGGAACAAUUUCUUCCCCAAAGGGCUGUGGGGCAUUGGAACAGGCUGCCCAGGGCAGUGCUGGAGUCACCAUCCCUGGAGGGGUUUGACACGGGGUAGUGGUGGGCUUGGUAGUGUGAGGUUUAUGGUUGGACUCAAUGAUCUCGAGGGUCUUUUCCAACCAGAAUACUUCUGUGAUUCUGGGUGUGUUUAAGGCUGAGCUGGAGCCUGGUUUUUGAGGGGCUUGGAGAGGGCAAAAAGCCAGGAGAGGGGAGUGGGUGGCUGGUGGGAGACGGGCUUCCAGGUACCAAGGAUGGAGCAGAGCCCGGCAGCACCCGCUGCUGCAGCCCGGCCUUCCUGGGUGCGCUUCGGCUCCAGCGUCGUAGGAAGAGCCCUCAGCCAAAGCAAUGGCCAUGGGUGUUCCUGACGCUUCUCCCAGAGGCAGCAGCAGGAUCUCAGCACAGGACUCAGGGCUCAGAGCGUUUCAAGUACCAAAAUCCCCCCUGUUUCAGCCCCCAUGCGCUGCAGCCGCGGCCCCAGCACCAGCCUCCCAAGGGAGAAGCAGUGCUGAGGCAUCCGCAGCGCUCGCCCUGUGCCCGUCCUCAUCUUCUUGCUUUCCAGGACGAGGACGACUGGGACUGGGAUUUCCUGGGGACAUCGAAACCCAGUUCUGGCCCAGGGAAGAUGCCCGUGAAACGUGGCACUGAGCGCAGCUCUGAGACAACAGCAGAACAGAGCAGCAGGAAAGCCAGCUGGCCGCCUCCCCAGCAGCAUCGGACUGUCGGGCAGAGCUGCUGAGCGCCCAGGCCCGUGUGGCAGAGCUGGAGAGCCAGGUCCGGAUGCUGGAGGAGGAGCGGGCGCAGCAGCAAUUGUUAUUGGAGAGUGCCCAGCGGCAGCACCAGGAGCACCUGGAUGUCCAGGAGAGCAGCCACAGGACCUCAGUGAACGUAAUGAAGGACAACUAUGAGCAGCAGGUGGAGAUGCUGCGGCGGCAGAACGAGCAGCUGGUGGCUCAGCUGCGGCAGGAGCGGCAGGACACGGCGCGGGAUCGGGCAGAGCUGCUGGCACAGCACCGGCUGGAGCUGCAGCAGCUGCGGGAGCAGCACCGGCUGGAGCUGCAGCAGCUGCGGGAGCUGCAGAGGGAGAAUGUCGAGGAACUGCGCAAGAAACACGAGGGGCAGCUCCAGCACAUCAAGUGGCUGAAAGAGAGAGAGAUGGAUGUGCUGACCGGCACCAUUACACACAUGAGGUCUCUGGACAGCAUCAUUGAGAGGAUGGAGAAGUUCUCCAGUGACCUGCAGAACGUGUGCAGGAGGAGCAUGGAGGAGGAGCAGAGCCGUGUCCAGGAGCUGGUGGCCAACACGCAGGCCAGGCUGGGCGAGCAGACUUGGCUGCUGGAGCAGGAGCGGGCAGAGCUGAAGAUCCAGCGCCAGGAGCUGAAAGCCAAGGAGGAGCAGCUGGCGAGAGACAGGCAGAGGCUGGACGAGGCCUGGCAGGAAAUGCGGCUGGAGAAGGAGAAGGUGAUCGGGGCCGUGCAACCUGUCCAGAAGCAGCAGGAGAUGAUUAGAAGCACAAAGGAGCUCUUGGCCCAGAAGCACGCAGAGGGGGAGCAAGCCCUGGGGGAGGCACGCAGGAUGCAGUCCGAGUUCUGGGACAAGCUGCAGGUCCUGCAGCAGCAGGAGGAGCAGCUGAAGCAGCAGGAGGAGCAACUGAGGCAGGAACAGGAGCAGCUGAAGCAGCAGGAGCAGUUGAAGCAGUAGCAGGAGCAGCUGAAGCAGCAUCAGGAGCAGAUGAAGCAACAGCUGGAGCAGAUGAAGCAGCAGCCAGAGCAGCUGAAGCAGCAGCUGCAGCAGCUGAAGCAGCAUCAGGAGCAGCUGAAGCAGGAAAAGGCCUCCGUAUCUUCCAUGUUCAGUGCCCAGAUGCAGCUGCUGAAGUUCCAGGCCCAGCAGGGGGACAAAGAGUUAGAGAAGCAGAGAAUCUUCUUGGAGAACCUCAAGAAAGUACGAUACAACACUGCACAACUGUCAACAACCCCUCCAUCUUCCUCCCGUUCUGUGGACGAUACCAUUGAGUAUACGCAUGCAUUAAUAGGGGCCCUGAGGAAAGCAUCUCCACUUGUGCAAGUCGUUGACCUGUCCUCCAUUCUUCUGCCUCCCAUUACUUUCAGGACCCUUUAAUCGGGCUCUGCCCCAGUGUCCAUUCUGACAGAUCUGCUUCUGUCGUGACUUGUAAUAAUAUCGGAUGUGAGACUGUGGGUACGCGUUAGAGGCCUCAAGGAUUUCAGGAGUUCGCUUGGACACGUUAGCGAGGAUGCUUAAUAAAAAGAAAGGGAGGACUGUUACAGAAUAAAUGUACUCACAUAAAUUCCUUUAGUUGUAUUCUCUGCUUCGACAUAUCGAGAUAAAGACAGAGAAAAAACUGCCUGGAAGACAGAGGAAGAGAAUCCAAGAAGAAACAACGAAGGCCCCAGACCCAAAAUUACCACUGGACCAACAGGCUCGUGAAAGAUGCGUGAAGAGCGGGUGCACAGACUGGGGGGGUUUACAAGCCCAAGUCUCUUUCGUCUCACGCUCCUCCUGCUGAGAGGCCCCACGUCCAGACUGUUUCUUUGCUGUUAUGUGGUUAUUUAUGGAGAUCCCGAGGAAAGCGCCCUGCAACACUUCACCUCUGCCCGCGUCCCGACCGUCCUCCCUUCUCUGGAUGAAGAGAAGCCGCUACAUUAAUGUGGACUCUGGUAAAGUUACAAAGACGUACCCAUCAUUAACCCAUGACGUGCUAAAUGCUUUCUAACCAGCUGCAAAACAAGGGGAUAUUUUUCAAGUUUUAAAUCCCUCUGCCUGACAAAGAGAUCAGAAGAUGAAGGAACACGUUGUUUAGAAGCAGAGCUUAGCUUAUAUUUGACUAGUAAUUAAUAGUAAGAAACUCAUCCGUUAUAACUAACUUCAUACUAACCUUAUGUUAGCUCACAGGAAAGAGAUUGGAGAACCACCUGGUGAUAAUGUGAAUAUAGAAACCUUGCUGACAUAAUCAGUCACCAUUGUAUAAAUUAAAUGAUGAGGAAAAAUGGCCCCUGAAUGAAACUCUGAAUGAUGCCUCGUUAACGUUCUUCUUGAAGAGAGAAGGCAAGUGCAGUCAAGUGAUGGAAGCUGAUAUGUUUUCACUUUGCGAAAACACCCAGAGUGGCAGGCAGAAUGUGGUAUUAACUUGCCACCCCAGGAUCCAGCUGUGUUCACAUUAAAAAGGGAGCAGAAUAAAGCUCAGGAGAAGCUGAAACCAUGUUGUUCAGCAUGUAGAAUAACACAGAAAACUCGCCUGAUGAGAGGGGAGGGUGAGAUAGAAGACUGCGUGUCCCCACAGGGCGUGGAAUUGAAGAUGAUGUGCCUUCAGCUUCCGAGGUGGUGAAACUGUGCAGAAAGAAGAGAAAAACAUGGAAAAGAAGCUGAGAUUUUAGAUUUUAGUUGAGACUGGAACUCUUGAUUCAGUUUUGAAUCAGGAAUUGAUACCAUUAGAUGAAGAUUUUGUACCUGUGGUGGGAGCUACUGGCCAAGGAGACAAAGCUUUCUUCAUCAGCCAAUCCAAUAGAAACUGGAAAACAAAAUGCAAUUCCUAAGUUCUUAUCUAUGCCCGGGUCUCCAAAACCGUUACUGAGACGAGACUUAGGAAAAAAAUUGCAAGCAAUAAUAACAUUUAAACAAGGUGAAGUGACAUUCCAGAUAAAAGAACAGCCACAGAAACCAAAGAAGGCUGUAUGCAAUGCACUGCAAGUUUGCUAAAUUGGGUGAGAUGCAGCGUGUACUGAGCUUCCCAGGAGAGAGCCCAGCACCAAGUUUUGAUGUGCCUUCGUUUUACAGACUCUGGGGUGCUGUGGGGAAGUAGUUGCCUGCCAGAGUGCUGCAAGAAAAGAGAAUCACCUCAGCUCUUGUGCUUGUGUCUUGUUUCCAGCCACAGGCUCAAGCUGCGAACCUUGAGCUCGUUUGACUUGUACAGAAAGCACGAGGAUGGCAUGACCCCGGCAGGGCUGGCGUUUUUCCAGUGCCAGUGGGACAGCUGCGUUUCCUGGGUCUUCCAUCAGCUCCUCAGUGAGAAAUGGCCCGUGCGGGGGGCUGGGGGAGCCGUGACGCAGCCCUGGGGGGAGGCACAGGGCCGGUGAACGAGCUGUGCCCGUGGGCUCCUGCUGGUCCCGGCACUGGUCUGGGAGCUGUUACAGCACAGCCUGGGCGCUUAUGGAGCCAUCCUGCCCCAAACUAACAGCAGUCUGAGGAAACAGCCUCUUAAACGCCCAUUUUGAAGGAGCAUUUUCAAAUAACAUCGAGAGCCUUCACCAGGGCGUGCUCAACCAGCCCUGGUGGAUGUGGGGGGGCCCUGGGGUUCAGAUCUGCGCUGUCUCGCUGACAUUCUGUGUCACCCCUUUACAGAUAUUGUCCCCUGUCACUUGUGCCCCUCGCCCAUUUGGUUACUGGCCGUGGUGGGAUCACUGUGGUGAUGGAAUCACUUUGGUCAUUCGGAUCUCUUUUGGUGACUGAUCACUUUUGGCACUAGGAUAUUUAUAUACAUUAGAUAUAUAUUUUUAAAAAGUGAGGGGAGUAAAGACCAUCUAGCGGCUCUCCAGGGCCAGUGCCCUCCCCAGCAGUGUGUGCUCCCCCCACCCUAGAAAUAAUACCUAGAAAAUUCUUCCAGUGCGAUUGUCAGGGGAGCCCCCGCUCCCAACGCCCUGUCCUGGGACCCCCGCUGACCCCCCCACGUCCGCCAACCCAGUCUGGUCUCUGGCCGUCCAUGGUGGCCGUGGCUUUCUGGGGGGCAGGGGGCGGUGGAGGCUGUGGGCGGUGGGUGAGGAGGGGGCAGCCAGGCGGGCUGGGGGUUGUGGGGCAAGGAGGCCCAGAAGGGGCUGAAGCUCCCGGGGGCACAGGCCAUGGAACGAUGGGGCUGUUGCUGCUCUGCCGGCUCUCGGGGGUUCGCAGCUUGGAGAAGGUGGCCAGAGCGUUGGGGAAGUUGGGCGGCGUGGCCGGCGUGUUGCUGGGGGUGCACAUCUGCAGGGGUGUCAGAUCGGCCAUGGAUGGUUUUUUGGAGUCCCAGCCUGCUUGCCUCCCCAUCACUGGAGAUCUGGCUGCAUCCCGCACCAGGUGCUGGUGCACACGGGAGCCAGUCACUGCACAUCCGCCACCAAGGGGAAUCGCCUCCAAGGCCAACUGUGCCAUGGGGAAAGGAAAGGGUUAAACAUCAGAAGAGUUUGAUUUAGUACACAACACGGAUAAAGGCAUUCUCUCUGCCAUUAAAACUGAGGGUAUUUAAUUCAGUAAAGUGAGAUUUCAUUCCCCAUGAA